CUACUUUAGAAUUAUUAACUAUACAAUAACUUCCGGGAGUUCACGCACGUGUUCCAAGGCGUAUUUCUGACAGAAAAGUUACCUUUUAUUGAGUGACUAUGACGGAUGUGACAUUAGAGGUUCCAAGCAAAAGGAAAUCGAUUUUGAUAGCAAACUUCACAAAUGGCCAAGUUAAUAGGAAGAGAUGUGAUGACCUGUCCAUUGGUCAUUUUACGUCUUCACAGAACCGUCCUGGAAGCCAGAAAAGGAAACAAAUACUGGUAGCAGAGACGGAUCAAAUGGCAUAUGUUGGUCAAAACUUUGGAACAUCUGCUGAUAGAUCACAGAAUUUCUGCAGGUACUAUGUGGGCGUGAGAGACAAGGACACUGGAAAGAUGACAAUAUGUGAUGCUGAAAUUUUCAACAUGUUACCUAAGCUACCAGGUGAUAACCAAGAGGAAAGCCAGAAGGAAGACCUAUCCCUCAGCUAUGCGGAGAAGAAUGACUUCCUCACCGAGGCAUUUGGUAGUAAGAAGAAGCAGAAGGCCAUGGAGAAUCGUUUGAUGAACAGAUCUGCCGCCAAGUCAAUGGAGACCAUCAUGGAGUCGGCGUCGAAGCAGGCUCUUUCACAGCGUUCACAUGAGCCUAGACACCAGGUUGAAGAUCAGACAGAUGGCAUCCCGCCAUGUAACAAGGAAGCUGCCUCACGUACAGAAGUCUACAGCCUACAUAAUAUCAUCAGUCCAGGUGAGAUGGAGGCUCUGACCACCCCUGCCCAAGUGUUCUUUGACUCAGCCUAUGAACAGGUCAAACAAUGGAAGGAACAGAAAACAUAUCCUGAGUAUGUCACAAGUCACCUGAUGACCAUGCCCUUGGCGGAAUCAGAACGAUGGAAGAUGUCUAAAUGUCUCAUGUACCUACACUAUCUGAUCACACUCAACAAUCUGAACACACACACCCUUGGACAGAAAACCCCGUUACCUGUGGAGUGGCCUGGUGCUGUCAUUGAGCAGCUGUUGAAAAAGUUCACAAUGAAAGUUGAAUCUGGUGGUAGAAUUAGAAGGUGUCGGCCAGCUCGACUGAAGGACAAAACUAUAUCUUACAUCCUAGUAUUGUGUCUGAUGAUAGAUGAGUAUGAAGUAGAAGUCACAGAACUGAUGAUGGAUUUAAAACUAUCACUGGAAAGGAUACAGAACCAUUUCCGAGCUCUGGGCUGUACAUUCACGUCCAAGAAGGGGGUAACUAUGGUAGGACGGCCAUUGUCCAUCAACUUUGCCUCAUUAAAUGUGCCUCUCACCUUCCCCGACCCCUCAGCCAGAAAAAAGAAGAAAGGACGAUGAUAUGCUAGUACCAAUAAAACUAAAAUUAA